AUGUCACACAGCGACACCAUCCCCCUCCACGCAUCUUCCCAAUCUGACAUCGACGAGAUCGAGAAUCUCAUCUAUGCUUCUCCGGCCACCGUUCUUCCGGCAAGACCUCCAAGUCCACCGCGCGCUUCAAUUCCCGUUUCAUCCUCUUCUCCUUUCAUCAAUUCCAAUCUCCCUAAUCCCGCUCCUCCCAAAUCCUCUUACCAACCUCAAAUUCCAAAACCCCCUUCUUCGUCUUCUUUACCUCCGCCUCCACCUCCUUCUACACGUCCUGACAUCUCUAAUUCUGGAUUCGGACCUGCUCCGAACACACUUACCGAACCGGUUUGGGAUACGAUCAAGAGAGAUCUGUCGCGGAUCGUUAGUAAUUUGAAGCUUGUUGUGUUUCCUAACCCUAAUCGGGAAGAUCCGGGUAAGGCGUUGCGUGAUUGGGAUCUAUGGGGACCGUUCUUUUUCAUUGUGUUCCUUGGUCUCAUUCUUUCUUGGUCUGCAUCUGUCAAAAAGUCUGAGGUGUUUGCAGUUGCGUUUGCGUUACUUGCUGCUGGCGCUGUAAUUUUGACAUUGAAUGUUCUGCUUCUGGGUGGACACAUUAUUUUCUUCCAGAGUCUGAGUCUGCUGGGUUAUUGCUUAUUCCCUCUAGAUAUUGGCGCAUUAAUUUGUAUGUUGAAGAACAAUGUUAUAUUGAAAAUGGUAGUGGUAUGUGUGACUUUAGCGUGGAGCUCUUGGGCCGCAUAUCCUUUCAUGAGUUCUGCAGUGAAUCCCAGGAGAAAAGCUCUUGCUCUAUACCCAGUUUUUCUCAUGUAUGUAUCUGUUGGUUUUCUCAUCAUUGCUAUUGACUAA